GAUAUGAAAUGAUUUAUACAAGUGUGUCAGUCUUUAUUUGCUUCCGUAUUUUCAAAUUUAAUAAUACAAGUCGAAUUGGAACGAACGACUGCGCGCUGUAUUGAUUUUCUACGGGGAGUACUUGAACGUAUAGACUUCUUCCUAGUUGAAACAUUAUUUGACUUAACCAUAUAUGUUUUAAGAAUCAAACACGACGAUAAUAUAUAUUGAGAAAAGCAGUGAUAUUAAUGCUUCAUCUGCAUUUAGGACGAUGGCACAUCCUUACGGUUUAUGGACUUUAACAAGUGUUUUGAUAUACAAUUGUUUUGUGGGUUUGAGCAUUCAGCAGGUACCCGAAAGCAUUAGCAAUGCGUGCUACGGUACAGAUCCCACCUGCGACUUCUUCAACCUCCAAUGCUCGAGUAACUCGAUCAUUCGGUUAACAAACUUGAUUGCGGGACGUAAGGAUGCUAUGAUGUGCCCACAGGACAACCACUGCGGCAAAACACCUGACUGCUGCAGCUACAAUGUGGCUGAUCCAACGGCAACAUUCACACUGGAGCACACGUACCAAGCUUAUCAAAACUGCUCAGGACGCACCAACUGCUCACACAUACAGGCGCCGUGGCAGGUCGUCAGCCCCACCACAGGGGCCCCGUCAUCGUAUGUGCAGCUAGAAUAUGUUUGUGAUAACGUUGUUGACAAAAUGCCAUUAUGUGGAGGACCCUUCAAGAAAUCGAACAAAGUCACUAACUCCAACGAUAUCUGGUUCGACGGAUCAACCGAGACCUUUGAUCCAACUAAAGCAAGCAAAGAGUGCAAAUGUUCGUUCACUAAUCUGCAUGCACAAACUUCAGUCACGCUCAUUCUGGACUGGAUAGACGUACGUCUUGAGAGCCACUACCGUGACGUCAACGCCUCCUCGGCAAUGUGUUCCAGCGCUAUAUUUACGCCCGAAGGUUUCUUUCGGCGUUGCAAGGAAUCAACCGAGCAUUGGAAAGAUAACUUCAUAUAUUAUAACUUAGUCCGCCCACAUAACAUCACAUUGUCACCUGGACAGACAACGGAGGUGCUCCUGAAGGAUAUUCACAAGAACGGUGCACGUGACUCACCAGCCAUGAUCUGGUUCAAGGCAAGAGCCUUUCCUGACAUUCUGCUGAAUCUCACCUGCGAAGAAGUUAUACCCGCAGUAUUUACUACAACGACAUCAACAACCACUACAACUUCACCACCAACAACAACACCUCAACCAACACCAACUACUCCAGAACAAACUACAACACCACAACCAACAACAACAACACCACAACCGACAACUACACAACAGCCAACAACAACUGCACCACAACCAACAACUACACAACAACCAACAACUACAACAAAACCAACAACUACACCACAAACAACCGCUACAUCUCAACCACCAAUUCCUACUCCACAACCAACAACAACGCCACAACCAACAGAAAAUACACCACUACCAACAAUAACUACACCACAACGAACAACCCAAGUUCCGACAACUAAAGAGGGCGGCAAGAUGAAUCAACUGUAUUACCUGGCCAUCUUCAUUCCUAUCGGCGUCGCCUUCACCAUGUUCGUCAUCUUCGUUAUGUGGUGUUACUAUAAGAGGACCAGUAAUAAUGAUGUUAUGAUUGCCCAUUCAUCCAAACCAAGAACCCGAUCAGAAAAAUAUCGCAUUUUGCUAGGAAGCCGAUCCCCGAUGGACGAUUUCAUAAAGCGCGAGAACGGUACCCUAAAUCAAUUCAGUCAUGGUUCCCGACCAGGAUCCUUACACGUCGGGAAACCACUAUACGCAGUUGUGCAACAACGGAAUCCCGAAAAACCGUCUGUAACAGAAAAUUCUCUCUAUUCAGAGCCAAUGAGACCGGGGCCAUAUAUACUACCGGUACAUGUUAACAAUGAUUUCCAACAUAACGGUGGUCCUAUUGCCAAGGGUGGAAAUACGCCAGUACAACGUGAUUACUAUAUUCGCCUGCAAGACAGUCGAAAGACCCCCAUGACAAACGGUGAUCCAAGCGGAAAUGUCGGCGCGGGGUCUAACCCGACAUCUGCCCUUACCCAGUCUACAAAAGACGUGUCAGAUGUCUAUGACCCCAGCAAUUCCUUGCCAGAAUCCACUACAAGCGAUAAUGUAAAAUCCACAUCCGGAAGUCUAUUUGAUAAUGACAAAGUGUUAGAAAAUGGGGCAGUAACCAUCCAUGUGAACAAUUUAAGUUACCCGAGCGUUCCUUCCUCGGCAAGGUCCGGAACGUCUUCGGGUAACUCCGGAACAUAAACUGCGCCUUCCGAAUGCGUUGGGACAUCACAUAGUAAUUUGGAAGCACUGUGAAACAACUGAGCGAAUCAAAACUGGAUCAAUUAUUGUUUGAGACUACCGUAACUGAAUAAAUCUUCAGCAGAUGAAGACAUAUACAUAUCCGUUAAUAAUUUUAGAUGUGUUAGUUCUGAGUUAUGACAAGAAAACCUUCGUCAAAUCCCACGCAUUAUAUUUUCCGUUGUUGCUUCAUCAUGUGUGCCACCGCAAAAAAAAAUAUAUGAAAAAUGAAUGAAAAGCUUCUUUGUGAACACAUGCAAGAUAUACAGAAUAAUAAGUUUAUUGAGCCCGGCCUUGAAAUCCUAAACCACGAUACUUGAAGUGCCGUUAAAAUAUGUUGUCUGUUUUCGAUACUUACCUUCUAUUACAUUUAUCCAAACAGCAUCGCAAUGUUCUUUAUUUAUUACACGUUCCGAGUUUUUUUUCCAUUAUUUGUAUACGAAUACAAAGAAAAUGGCUAUAAAACACGAACAAUUUCAAAGAGAAAUGACAAUAAAUAAGACCGCUUCACAAAACUGUGUGUGUUGGCUGUUUUCAACAUGGUGGGAACACGUAUUAAGUUAUACCACGGUGUAUUAUUUCAUCAGUGAAGGCGUGAGGAUGGGAUAAUGCCUUGUUGAGACAAUUUAUUGCAAACGCAUUAACAAACGAUGCAUUCAAUGUAUUAAACAUAAAAUUUCAUUUAUUUAAUUCAUCGUUAGAAGCGCUGUACACAUUUAUCAUGUCAUAUUGUUACAUAGAUGCAUAUUAUAACUGUGCAUGUUACCAUUGUAUUAAUGUGAUCGUCUAUGUACUGACUUCACAAAAACUUUUUAAAUCCACAAUGACAUUUACGGGAAAUGUAUACCAACAUUAAAAAAUGAAACUUAAGCUAUAAAGUAGCCUUUUUAACCGAAUGCUUGCGUGUAAAAGCGAUUUUAAUAAUUUCUAUUUAACUGAAAUAUGUUUAGACACUCUGAGAUAAACAAACAUUUAUUAUCAGUAUUAUUUUUUGUGCGACCAAGAUCAUGGUGCGUCCUGUGACAUGUUCAUACCCGUAAUGUAAGGUUAUUUAUAUUUUGCACUCCAGCUGUUUGCAGACAGAGUAUCUUUAAG